AUGACCCCAUCGGAACAAGUAGGCAUUGCAAAAGCAUCGCACUAGUAUAAGUUGCAUGCACAAUAUUGGAUUUUCUCAACUUCUUGAAAAGUGGAACUUGCAGUGCUGAUUUGCCUUGGAAGUAGAGACAUUCUGUCAUGCAAGAUUGAAAUUGGUAGGUUAUGGUUUUGCUCUUGGUACGAAUGCGAUACUUUUGCACAGGACAAGAAGUCAUGGAGUACAAAUUGUUCGUCGGGAACCUUCCCGCUGACAUCAGCGAGGAAGACAUGUAUUGAGAGGAAAAUUCCCCCUCCCCUUGAGAAGUACUGCUCAAACAAAGGGGAAAGCGCUUGUUUUGUGUGCUUACCUAGUAUUAAUACCUUCGCGUUGUAUUUUAAUUCUUUAAUUUUGUGCGCAAUGUUGUCCUAUACCGUUCGGGUCAUUGUUGGGACAUCUGUCAUGCCGAACCACUAAGACUCUGCUCGCUACACUCAGUCACAGGAUUAGCAUCUACGUGUGGUGGCUUGCUGCAAUACGGAGCGAGUUGCGUGCACGAGUUUUUCCAUUUCGAUAUGGGAAUGGGGGGGAUUUUUCAUCACGAUAGCACGCGCACCGUUUUCACCACAUACGGAAUGGUCACGGACGUACACAUUAUGACCGGUAUAGAGUAGUUUUCUUUUCAGUACUUAUCUGGUAACCAAAGCCCGCGCGCAAAGCGCUCUUUGCGAGAUGCUCAUCCAUCGCAAACGCAGCGCGAAGGCUUUGCCGUUGCCAUAUGGGAGGGACUCGGGAGUAUGCAAUCACUCGCAAAGUCGGGCAUUUCCAACUGUGUUUUGCCUUCAGAAAGCGGAUCGGAGGGAAUUUGUGCGAAUUUUGCCGAAAGCAGCCAAAACAGCAAUUACCAAGCGAGAAGAGGGUAAAAAAGAGCAGUUUUGCUGCUCCGCCCGGUCUGAAUCUGAAAAAAGAGAAAAGUAUUUUCGGCUAGGGCCGAUGGUGUGAUGCGUUUUAUAGCGGAAAAUGCGUCACUACCAGGCAGCCCCGGCCGCUUAAAAAUUGAAAAAAAAUGCUUAAAAAGUGCGUUUUUUUACAGCAUGCAAGCGGGCGACAAAAUUUACCAAAUUCGUCCAGAACCUGGAAACCGCUUGAAAAUUGAAAAAAAAGACGAAAAAAGUUACAUUUUUCGCAGCGUGGAAGCGGCCGGGAGAAAACGCGGAUUUUCUGCAUGGCGCAGCGGCCGCUUAGUAAUAAAUUGAAAAUGGCGUUUUUUUGUGAAAAAGCAGAAGCCGCUUGUUGAAAAUUGCCGCUCAAAAGGGGUUCGCAAAAUUUUCCGCAGGCCCGUACCACCGGGAUUGGACGAAGAAAAAACAAUUAUCAAGCCUGUGGAGGUGUGUCACACGGGCACGGUUUUCGACCUCUCUGAGGUCGCAAACUGGAACCCUUCCCAGGCUUGGAAAAGCUCGAUCUGGGUGGCCCAAAAGGCCAGCCGUGACCACCUACGGAAUGGUCACGGAUGUACACAUUAUGACCGGUAUAGAGUGGUUUUCUUUUGGGGCACUUACAAAAGGCGGCGUCUCUAUCAACAUGGAGGAAGACUUGACAGUAGCGCUACGCGCGAAUUGCAAAUUUAAAAGUUUUCAUUCAGUUGUACGAGGACAGCAAUAAAUAAUCCAUACCCCCUCCACAAAUCAUAAUCAGGUCGGUCCCAGUCCGGUGCGGCAUGUGCGUUCGUGCACUACGCUGAUCAGGUGUCUGCUGACCAAGCAAUCGCUGCUCUGAAUAAGACGUACAAAAUUCGCAUCGAUGCGGUCGACCCGAUCACGGUAAGUUUAGUACUGCUGUUGCUGGGCAUUUGUUUCAUCUGGGAAAAGAAGGCUCAAGCACCAUCUGAUGGUGAGUAUACGAUGAUUUCAAAACUCAUGUCGAGAGGGAGUUUUUCGAAUUCCCUGUUUAUCCAAGAAUUAUCAGACGUUAUUGCUGCGAAUACACUAUUCAGGUAUCGUAUGCCAAGGUCGACACCCGCGCUUCAGGCUCGAUGACAAGUGCAGGUUCUUACGCGGGAUCCAACGCCGCCGCAGCAGGUUUUAAUCCAAUGCUCCAGGGCGCUCUGAAUCCGUACGGAAUGUAUGCGACGGAUCCGUACGCCGUAUAUGCGCAGGUACGACGAGGAAUUGAAUUAGUAUAUUUGUGUGCAUGUUGACAGUGGCGUUUCUUAGGCGUGACCAUCAGGAGCAAGUCCAAAAUUGUGAAGCGCAACAAGUUCAACUUCUUUCGCCACUAUGGCUCCAUGAUGCAAGAAACAACACAAAUUGUCAUUAUACAUAUAUCAGGCUCUCGCGCACCAGCCUCCGGCCGUGGCGGGGCACGACUUUCUGAAUCCGCUUUACAACCCGCUGUACAAUCCGGCCGGCAUGGCGAUGGCCGGUGGGAAGGGGCCGGGAGGCAUGAAUCCCAAGGGCCCCGGAGCGGCCGGCAUGGCCAAGGGCGGCGGCCACAAUGGCAUGGUGCACAACCAGAAUCUUCCCAUGGGCGCCCAGGUCCAGAACGGCAUGAUGCAACACAACGGCAUGCAGCAGCAGGCCGGCGGGGCCGCGGGAGCCGCGGGUGGUGGCAGUUACUACGGCGGCGGCAAGGGGGGUGGACCGCGCCCCGGGCGCAAUCCGCACCCCAACCACCCCGGUAUUAAGAAGAAUUUCGGGGACGCUUGACCCACCUAGGAAUUUCGCAAGGCUGCUGUGCUGCAGUGCUCGAUCAAGGAUUUGUAGAUUUCGCAAUCAUCUGGAGAUGAGACUACUUGCAGUUGCUGUGCCUUCGAAGACACACGCACUUGCAUCAGUUAGUAUCAUACACAACACGAACAGAUUUUGAUACUAGUCGUAGUCCGUGGUUCCGCGCGUCGAUUCUUCUCCAAAUGAAGGUGAAAGGGGUUUGGAGAAGCUGCGGGAUCUUUUGCUAUAUGCACCUACUGACGGUAUCGUGAGUAUCGGUAGGCACAAGAUCGACGAGAGCGUGUACUUGCAGCACAGCAUGACAAAGUGAAAUUCCGCGGUGGUGCUACGUCCUCGCUCUUCGUUCGCAUACAGCGGAAGAUCUUCGUCGGCAACCUACCCACUGACAUCACCAAGGAAGUGCUACGACAGGUAAGUACUGAAAGAACGGCUUUUUGAUAUGCCGGCACAUCCAUUUUUGCCUCUACGUGGCUUGAACAGGAGCAGGACGACACUGUGAUUGGAGGUGUACUAUGGAAUAUGCGGAAUGAAAAAAAAACAAAAAAGGUUUUUUCCACAUAUGGUGUAGUGACGGAUGUGCACGUUAUGGUCGGCAAGUCAGACAGUGGGCAAGCCUAUCAAAUGUAAAAAUGUCUCGGUCUGGAAGAGUGCAUGUUUGUCAUGCUUGUCUGGCAUAACUCUCAAAUCUGUCAUGCACGUUACCCAAGAGCGCCGUUUUUCUGUCAUGCAGACACGCAGUUUGUCAUGCAGAAUAGGCAACACCGAGAAGCUCAGAAACUUGUCAUGCUGAGCCAGCACUCGUGGCCUCCUCACGAUACGCCACCCAGCAUCACAAGUUUCCAGACCCAGACAUUUUUGCACUUGAUAAAGCCUGUGCGUUUGUGGAGUACCAGCAGCAAAUCGAGGCCCAGACCGCGAUUAUAUCAAAUGCAAAAAUGUCUGGGUCUGGAAACUUGUGAUGCUAAAAUGUGCAUGAUGGAAACGCUUCCGAAUGCAGUCCGGCAUGACAACUUCCCAAAACGCUUUCUCAUAGGCAAUCCGCAUGAGAAACUGCGUUUUUGCAUGGCAAAAGAGGCUGCGACUUUUGUUGGUUAUGCAAUACAGAUUUUCUAGGUAUGGAAAGCUAGCAUUACAAGUUCCAACCUUCCAGACCCAGACAUUUUUACAAUCCAUAGAUUAACACGCUAAACAACAACUACGAGAUCCGAGAGGGCUGCGGCAAGAUUGUCUGCCGCUUCUACGAAAAACCGGAGCACGGGCAGGGCGGGCACCGCGGCGCCAAGGGCGGCUUUGGGAAAGGCAUCAAAGGGUCCGGAAAAUACGCCGGGGGCAAGCACAUGAACUACUUGCAAGGUACAGGUAUUUGAUGUGCAUCUAUAUCUUCUGUAACUGUAACAUGAACUGUUACUGAUAGUGUGGUAGCGCAGGAUCGAGAAACGAGACCUCAAGGACUGCUUGAUGCUCAUUCGGUCCCUCUAGCAGUGCAACGAAUUGAACUACGUGCUGGUCAUGUAUUGACUUGCAGUUAAAUGAGAUGUUGAAAACAUCUGCAUCAGUUGCGUUUCGAAAUUUCGUUCCCGGGUGAUCACUCUCUCAGGUUCCGCAAUGCCGGAUCAGACGUAUAACAAAGCCGCACAGGCCCAGCACUCCGCAUUCCUCUCUGGAGCGCAAAGUCCGACAAAGGCGCAAGGUACAUUUCAUGUUGUGUUUAUUCGUCAACCUUGACAUGGUACAUUGAAUCUCGUUCAUGUUCUUGAAGAAAUUUUUGCCUUGUCAUGCAACGACACGUUUUAUAUUCAAUUCACAAUUUUCACAAAUAAGUCAAAGUGCACGAAAAUAAAAACAGAUGCGAACGAGCAGCCGGUGCAGUUGAAGAUGUCAUCAACGCCAAACACGAGUAAUGGAGCUGUUACCACCGCCACCGACGCAGAAUUCCUGAACAGCAGGUUAUCAGCCGUUCCUAGCACUAGUUGUGGCACUGACCUAGAGAAUUUUCAGUACAGUAGCAACGGGACAACUGCAACCCACUAGAGGACGACUCAUUCUUUCUGUGUGUAAAAAAGGGUAGUUGAUGUAGGUCUCUUUUAGAACUUGCAAAGGGCGGCGUGUCACGCUAGAGAGAAAUUCAUUGUGCGUGUGUGCUGUUCCUUUCUAUCUUUCUUGCUGAGUACGGACGUGAAGUCUACUUCACGGCGCUUCUCAGAGGAAUUGUGCUUCUCUAGAAAAGCAAACUUUUAGAGUAGAUAAAAACUAAAUGCGGAGAAGCAAGACGGCACGACAUUCAGCAAUGACAUAAAAAGCUUCGAGAAGCUUAUUACCCCAUACUUUUUACUGCUUUUGGCAUAUUACAGAUGAUUUGUGAAUUACAUGAAAACAAAGACAAAGAGACACUUCCCCAGCCACAAUCCCGAGACAUACAUUCAAAGGCGUGUAACUUAGAUCUCUUUUGUGGAGCACGUUUUCGUUCUCUACAAGUACAUGUCGACACUACUCUUCAUACUGAAAUGAAGGAACACAACAUUGGGACAGCAAACUUCCGAUGCGUAUGCUAGUACGAGUAUCCCUAUCCCCUUAGUAGGUACUGGAAGAGUGCGAAGUAAUAUAUAACUUUCACGAUUUAGGUGGAGGUGCAGCUCUUGUAGCUCGAUGUCGUUUUCUGAUGAUCAGGAGCGGGGCUAUUCAGGCUUUCAUACCCGAAUAGGGGCUGUAAAAGUGCUAGACCUGCUUUAAGUAUCGACAGGGUCGUCGUACCGAAGUGCGCGGUGCUGCACCUGCUAUAUCGACAUUGAGUCUCUCAAUUCCUACAGCGUAGGACCAGGACCGCUACCGUAAUCUACCAUCUGCUUUUCAUUCAUAAAUACAACCGUGAAUAUUCGAGUCCUGCCGCUUGCACUCCAACUUUUCUAUACUUUUACUUACACACUGCAAGAGUCAUUCCCUCCAAAUCAGGAAAUCGCGACGCUUCUGGGGAAGCCACACCCACAUAAUGCAAGCACUACAGUUCUCAGAAAGAGUCAAAAACUACUUUUAAGUGCUUCACACUCAGAGCAUAGAUAAGUAAAAGCACUCUCCCUGAUUGUUAGUUAUAUGAAUCGCAGAUGCUGUUUUUGUCAGGUUCAUCUAUCCUCUUAUUAUUCGCACCUUUUCCCCCAUGCAAAAGCAAAAUAUAAAUAAGAAUCGGAUGGAUUCUGACCGUCCCGAGUUGGGCACACACGACAUAGUAAAUCCUAAUCCACAACGGCGGACCACACGCUGUUUGUUGGGUGCAGAACUCAUGAAAGCAGAAGAAGUUAAACCUUUGACCACAUUGGCCGGCAUCUUCUUGUUUAGGAGCAGGCUCUCUUUGGAAGGAAAACAAAAUCUGUGGUAACUGCACAAGAAGGAAAUGGGUGCAGUGUAAAAGGGCCAUGUUGUAGUACUACUCCGAGAAACAGCGAACUGCGAACAUUAUUAAGCGGUAUAAUCCAUAGGCCCCUUGGCUUUGCUCAUCUUCCUGGGAAACCAUGUCAAGGCAAAAGAUGAACAAACGAGCUCCCAUGGACCGCACACGGAAAAGGCAUUCAUAGGACCAUUUAUUCAUAGCAAUACAGCAACAAGCUCACGAUCUGCAGUACAACAUCUUCAAGAAGAAAUUUUACUUGGCACUCUUCAUGUUGUCGAACAAGAAGAAGUUUUUGAAAAUUCGAAGAAAAGUUCUUCCGAAUUCCCUUGUACUAUGUACGAAACAUCAUAUCACGACCGUUAAUACAACUUGGAAGCCCCUCCUUUGCAGGCCGAGCUUCGCUUGCUUGCAAGUCUGAAAAACGGCAUCACCCUGCUGCUGCUCCGCGGCAAUUAUUUCUAGUUUUCUUCUAAACCCUUGUUAACCUAUACUACUGUUCUGGCCUCGUCUGUUUCCCUGAUUUGACUUUCGUGUUUCACUGUGACGUUUCUUUACUGUUUUGUACACCUUUCUAAUUCUAUUCCUGCUUCUAUUUGUUUUCGUGCGCGUGCUGUAUUCCUGAAUCACCAGUUGUUGGCGUAGGCCUUCAUCUUCUGUCAUUUAGUACACUUUGGACAAAAUAAAAGCUUAGCGUCGAAUUAGUUGUUGUUGUUUAUCACCCUGAAAACCCGUCUUUCGCUCCUUCUGCGCAGCGCUGAGCUUGAUAUCGUAUUUUUAGUUAGACCGCUACAGAUAACGGUGAAGAGAGGUGAUCUCUCCGCACCUGCUGAUAUCUCGGUUCGUAAAGCUUUAUCGGUACGGUCAUGAUUAUGAAGUGGAUCUCGAAAACCAAAACGUCGAAAAGAAAAAAAUUGAAAAUUCAGGUGUGCCGCCUCAUCGCCAAAGCCCGCAGCAACAAAGUCCACUACCGGGUCUCCGGGAGAGGAAGGUUUAUUUUGCUCUUAUUGAUUAAAAAAAAAAAUGGAAUUUCAAAAAUUCAUCGGACAGCAUUCUGAUAUUUGGUUGAUCACCUGUGAACUAAAGUCCACACGUCUAAAUCAAAAGGUAUGUCAACGAGCAGCCCGGUGCGACUGGGUGCGACCGCCAUUGCCUGA